AAAGUAUUAUGUAAUGCUUUUCUCACGCUUGAAAACUUACCUCUAAUAAUUCUUCUAGAUGUAGACAUUAAUGAUGUUCUAGGAAGCUUCAUAGCCCAUGCGGCGGCGUUGAUUUCUUGAACGAAAGGUUAACGAUAAAACAGAGGGAAACAGAUAACUUAUUUCAGACUUCAAAUUUUAGAUGAGGUGUCAGCAUUCUUCGAUGGAGAGGGAGGGACAGUGGAUCCAAAAUUUUAUUUUAUUAUUUUUUAUUUAUUAUUAUUAUUAUUUUAUUUUAUUUAUUUUUUAUUUUUUGCAAAGAAAUAUCAACAGUACAAGUACUACAGGUGGACAACUUUCAAUCUGGAUAGCAUGAACCGUGAAGUUUAUGUACCGCCACAUCCAUUGAUCAAGCACUAGGUAUCAGUUUUAAGGAAUGAACAAACUCCCUGUGCCAUUUUUAGAAAUGCAAUGGCUGAGUUGGGAAGGCUACUUAUGUACGAGGCUUCAAGGGAUUGGCUGCCAACUGUAACAGGGGAGAUUCAGUCACCAAUGUCUGUUGCCUCUGUUGAGUUUAUAGACCCAAGGGAACCUGUGGCGGUUACUACAGCAUCCUUUAUUGUUCCAAUAUUAAGGGCUGGGCUAGCUCUAGCAGAACAUGCCUCUUCUAUUUUGCCAGCAACCAAAACAUAUCAUCUGGGGUUCAGCAGAGAUGAGGAAACACUUCUUCCAGCAUUAUAUCUUAACAAGCUACCUGAUAUAUUUCCUGAAGGGUCUCGAAUAUUUGUGGUUGAUCCUAUGCUGGCAACAGGUGGCACAAUAGUUGCAGCUGUCAACCUCUUAAAGGAACGUGGGAUUGGUAAUCAGCAAAUUAAAGUGAUAUGUGCUGUAGCUGCUCUUCCUGCUCUUCAAAAGCUGAGUGAGAAUUUCCCUGGGCUUCCCGUAUACAUUGGAAUAAUUGAUCCCACUGUCAAUGAUAAAGGGUCAGUGUGAGAUCUCAUAUCGGUUAGAAAGGAGAACGAAUCAUGCCUUAUAAAAGGGUGUGGAUACCUUUCCCUUGAAAAGCGUUUUAAAACCAUGUGGGCGGGGCCCAAAGUGGACAAUGUCUCAUGUGGGUGGUGUGGGCUGUUACAGUUGGUGGGUCCCAAGGAGGGUGGAUUGUGAAAUCUCAUAUCGGUUGGAAAGGGGAACGAAACAUGCUUUAUAAGAAUGCGUGGAUACCUUUCCCUUGAGAGGCCCUUUAAAACCAUGCGGGCGAGGUUCAAAGCGGACAAUAUUUCAUGAAGUGUUGCCCAGGUUAAAAUCCUCGGUUAACCAGUUGUAAACAUGAAUAAUUUUUGUUUAUAAAUUAGAUGGUAGAAGAUUCCGAAUAGUCA